AUGUGGUCUCGAGCAAAACCGGUAGCGGUUGUGGUUGUGUUGUUGUCUCUGAUAAGUGGAACCAAGCAGGAAGAGCCACAGCUGUAUCCGAGUACUCCACGGAAGGGUCGGUUUCUUGGUUUGUUGGGUUUGCUAACCGGGCUUACGCUGGUUGAUUCCUUGGAUGAUGGUGAUGGACCACAAAUCAGAGCCCCGCAAGGGAUAGUGAGGAUUAACAUCGGAAGACCGCUGGCCGAGUCAUUUUAUCAUUACAUGUAUAAUCCCUACUAUUAUGGGAGUGUACCUACGGUGAAUAUUAAAAUACCGCUGGGAUUCGAGGGGUACGACGGAAUUAAUCAUAUUGGUGGAGCACCGGUUGGUGCUGGUACUGGUGCGUUUGGACAAAAUGGACCUCACGUGAUAGAACCAAGGCCAAUCCUGUCGGAUUCAUCUGACUCUAUUGCCGAGACUGUUCAUACUGCAGAAAAUUUAAAGAAACCAAGAAGGGCAGAAAAAAUUAGACGUUCUAGGCUCCCGUACACUCGAAUUAUCCGAAGUACGCCAACGAGUGACGUAACGGACGAUGAAGAGCAAGCAAUCGUUGAACCGGUGGAUCGGUUUGAGGAUACCAGUAGCAGUUCAACAGCUUCCGUAUCACGGGAUCCCGCCACCAAAGGUGAGACAACCGAAAAACCACCAACUUUGCAGGGUACGGCAAUUCCUCUCAUAGAGGAUAACACCAUCGUUGGACAGGCGUCGGAAAUCCCUUCCUUUCCGAUUGCACAGUCGUAUUUCUCGCAUGUUGACAGUCUGCAAGAUGCUUCGCUUAUAAGUUUGACGACAUCCGAACCGGAAAAUAAAUUCAUACCGAGCCGACCGGAUACUUUGAGCGACAGUUGCAAUCAUGCGGGCUUCGUUGCCGAUGAUUUUCGACCGGUUGUUAAUGUUUAG